CAUGCAGAGUGCAGACAUACGAGUACUCCUACAAUACAAGCGAUCCUGAUCCUUCCAUUGUUCAAAUUUCAAAAAAAAAAAAGAUCCUGAUCCUUCGAAGAUGGCGAAGCAGAGUUCCGUCGCCUCCAUGCUUGCGGUUGCGGCACUGGCACUGCUUCUUGGAGCUUCCAUGCUUGCACUGGCAUUAUUGCUUCUCAGAGCAUUUCCAGCCAGAGUGCAAUCCAUCGGCGUGUGCUACGGCGUGAACGGCGACAACCUGCCGUCGGCGAGCGACGUGGUGCAGCUGUACCAGUCCAACGGCAUCAACCUGAUGCGCAUCUACUUCCCGGACACCAACGCCCUCAACGCGCUGAGCGGCAGCAACAUCGGGGUCAUCAUGGACGUGCCCAACUCCGACCUGUCCUCGCUCGCCUCCGACCCGAACGCGGCGGCCACGUGGGUGCAGAACAACGUGCAGGCGUUCCCGGCAGUCAGCUUCCGCUACAUCGCCGUCGGCAACGAGGUCUCCGGCGGGGACACCAACAGCAUCCUCCCGGCCAUGCAGAACGUCAACUCCGCUCUCGCCAACGCCGGGCUGGGGAACAUCAAGGUGUCCACGGCGGUGCAGAGCGGCGUGACGCAGGGCUUCCCGCCGUCGCAGGGCAGCUUCUCGCAGGGGUACAUGGGCCCCAUCGCGCAGUACCUGCAGAGCACGGGGGCCCCGCUGCUGUGCAACGUGUACCCGUACUUCGCCUACACGGGCAACGAGGCCCAGAUCGACCUCAGCUACGCGCUCUUCACCUCGUCGGGAACCGUCGUGCAGGACGGGAGCAACGCGUACCAGAACCUCUUCGACGCGCUCGUCGACACCUUCGUCUCCGCGCUCGAGAACGCCGGCGCCGGGAACGUCGGCGUCGUCGUGUCCGAGAGCGGGUGGCCGUCGGCAGGGGGCGACGCCGCCACGCCGGGGAACGCGCAGACCUACAACCAGAACCUCAUCAACCAUGCUGGGCAGGGCACCCCCAAGCGCCCUGGACCAAUCGAGACCUACAUCUUCGCCAUGUUCAACGAGGACCAGAAGCAAGGAGCCGAGACGGAGAGGCACUUCGGACUCUUCAACCCGGACAAAUCGCCGGCCUACCCCAUCAAUUUCUCCUAAAAAACAAGUAAGACGCGCGGCGGGUCCAUAUAUAAACGAGCGAACAAGACAUAUUAUAUACUGUAAUUACGAGACGGUAUAUAUAGAUAAUACCCUACACUACACACGAAAAUGUUGGAUAA